CGCUGGCUCUCCCAUCAUGACAGCAAGUCCUGCACACAUCGUAAACUUUGUCACUCAUUCACCAGUACUCAUUCUCUUACCACAUACUUCAUUAUUCUUUCAUCGAGCGCCCCAGCGGCUGCCUUAUCUUUUAAGUAAUAUCAAUCUUUAAUUACAUUCUUUCCUAAUAAUAUAAAUCAUGCGUUUCACUCUGGUGGCAUCAUUGAUCUUGAGCCUGGCUACCUUAAUCAUUGCAAGCCCAUAUCCUCACCCAGUCCCGGAGACUGAUAAGAAUAUUGCAAGAGGCUUGGUCUAUGCUCCUAGGGACUCAAGACAGCAAUCGAAGGCGAACUCAAACAAUGUGAUCAUUAUCACAAAGACAGAAGAAGAGCAGUUAACGGAAAUCUCACGAAACCGCGAGAUUCAACUCACCAAGCUUGUUCAAGAGCGGCUCAUCAUCAUCGAUCGAACACAAAUCGCUAGAGAUAACAUUAGGAGAAAUCACUUCAAGAAUUUGAACUCGCAGCAGAACAUUAUCAUCAUUGUUGUCACACAAAUUGUCGAUGCUCGGGAUAGAUCAAACAAAAACGUUCGCUAUAUGACACAUCAAAUCCAAGCAGAUAACCAAGCCCAGGAUACACAAUUCGUUGUGGUUCAGCAAGAUCAACAGAUGACCAUCAAUGGGGUCAAUGUUGCAUCUUCUACAGGAACAGCAUCUUUGCCUCGAGGCACUGGAACGUUGGCUUCCCCUUCAUUUGAGACCUAUGAUCCAAAUGCAACCCCAUCGGUAUCAAACGUCACCCAGAUUCUACCGGUGAAUGCCCAAGCUCCAAACUUUGCAGGCGUGAAACAAUUCCAGGACCCAGCGAUGAUCAUCGAAGAGGGUCAGAAGGCAUUUGUGAAUUUCGUGGGCGCUAUGGGAAAUUAAUUUCAGUUAUUCAUGUCUUCAAUGUCAAUGUUGCAUUUUGAGAUGCAUGGCAACUGAUGAGUGAGGGAAAACUGUUACCCACAUAUCUUUUGGUAGAUCCAAAAUUGUAUGACGCAUCAUUCUUCUGUGAGGAAUUUAGUUGUCAGCUAUAAUGCCAAUUGUCGAUCAAUAUAGGACUUGAGAUGAUCUUGGUGCCUGUUCUUGAAAAUGGUUCCAUCC